GUCUGUCAAGUUUUAAAAUGGAGUCCACUCACCUCCUGAGCUCUAAGAAGAGAGUAAAGAUCCACCCUCACACCGUCACAGCCAAAUACACACACACCCCCUACUCCCCUCAACCUGGAGUACACACACACUUCCCCCAGCCUGGGGACGAAGGCUACGAUGACGCUCCAUCUUUUGAGGACUUUGGCUCCUUCCUGGAGGAGACGUCAGACAGGAAACAGCUGACGGAGAGCAAGAGGUGGCCUUUGACUCUGUUUGGUUCCAAAGACAAAGACAAGGACACGACUAACAAACCUCAGGCUGCCGGGGGAGGAGAUGGGAGUGAAGGGGGAGCGAGAGCAACAAAGGGAUCUGGGAGAGGGGUAGGGGAACAGCUGGCCAGUUUUGGGGAGGCAUCUGUCUCUGCGUCUCGGCUCACCUGGGUGGGGCUGCUUGGUGCAGCACUGGCUCACGGCUGUUUGAUCGUUCUGACCCGCGUGGCCUCUGAACGCUUCAGCCUGGGCUCCCUGUUUCUGCUCUUGGUUCGGUCCAUCUUCCAGCUCCUCUCUGUGGCUGUACCACUGCACAGGGGGGAGAACCCUUUUGGACCAGAGGGCUAUCGUCUACGUCUGCUCUGUUACGGCAUCGCCUACUCUCUCUCUCUCUGCUGCGCCUACUCCUCCUUAACCUUCGUCUCUCCUGGAAACGGCACGACGACCUGGCGCCUGGCAACCACAGCGCUGUCAGCAACCCUGGCCUUCCUGCUCCUGGAGGAGAGGCUGGGAUUGGCCGAUGGGAUCACCAUAGCUGCAGGACUGUGUGGUUUGGGGCUUGUGUUACUUCCCACAGCUGACGAGAGCAAUUCAGAUUCACCAACUGACCCGGUUGUGUUCUGGAGGGGUGCGUUUGGCUGGUCUCUUUCGGCUCUUGCAGGGCUGUGGAUGGCUCUGGCACUGGUUGGGUAUCGUUCCCUGAAGGAGAGGGUGGGAGUGGGCACUGCUUUGUUCACAGUAAGCUGGACGGGCUGCCUGCUAGCCCCGGCCUCCUUGGUUCUGCUCCAGGAGGGCUGGUCCUGGCCUAUGAGUGCCCCAGCUUGGGGCCUGGUUCUGGGCCUGGUUGCCUGCUCGGUAGCAGCCUUUCUGGGGAUGACGCAUGCCCUCACCCGACUCCACCCGGCUCUGGUCUCCGCCUCUCAGAGCCUGGAGGUACCUGUUGCCAUGCUGCUGCAUCUGGUCGUGCUGCCAUUGGCUCCCACUGCGCCGGAGGUCGUUGGGAACGUGAUGGUCAUACUGAGUGUCGGUUGGCUGGUAGCGAUGAAGCUGCUACCCUCUCGUGGGGGAGGGCGGCGCCAAAGGGAGGAGUAUGAGGAGAUUCUGGACUCGCCCAUCAAAUAGAGAUCUCUUCUCUCCUCUUCACACCUCCUCCUUGUCUCCCCUCACUCCCUCCUUCAUGAGAUUGGUUCCAGUGUACAUAAGAGACUGCUAAAUGUUUAUUGGAGCUUUAUCUAUUUUGUAUUGUCCUCUUUGCUUUGGGGAAAGUGCCAAUAUUGUGUUGUCUGUUAUAGUGACUAUGUGAUGUGAUAAUAAAAUCUCUCUGAUGAACACAAUGCA